UAGGUAUUAGAUCGAAGUGUUAUUAUUUUUAUUAUUUUUAGCAGUACGCCUACGUUUGUUUAGUAUUACAUAAUUAAUUAUAAUCGAUACUAUAACAAUACAUUGAAUACAAUUUUGGAAUAAGUUCAUCCGAGCGUAACAGACUUUUUAGAAGUGUGUGUACUGCAAUUUUUAAAUUGGGAAGAUCUUCUAAUAUAUUGAAUAUUUGAGAUGGACCAUAAUUCUUUGGAUGUAGAGGAAGCUGUUGUUUUAAAGCUGAGACCAUUGGUUUUAGUGAUCAAGCCCUGAAGUGGAAAUAUUGUCUUACAUGGUCUCCAUUUGUCCCCUUAUUACAUGAUCCUAUGCAGGGAUGCCUCACACGCUUACCUUAUUGUCUCCCCUGGCCAAGCGAGGUGGGAACUACUGUACAAUAAAGAGAAUCAGGAAUCACCUGAAAAGCCAUGGGUAUGAGUGCCAGCUGGAAGAUCCCAAACUUUUCAAAAGUAGACAUGAGAUGGAUGACAUUUUGAGCAGGGACAGUAUGGGCGUGUUGAUAGGCAUUCAUGCCUACAGGACAGGAGCUUACAUGAAAGAUAGCAAUUUGCCAUAUAUUGUAAUAUUAGGAGGUACAGACAUCAAUGAGUUUAGCAAAGACCCAGAGGCCAUGACAGUUAUGACAGAGGUGGUGAUGAAAGCCAAGUUUGUAGUUUGCUUCAGCACAACAAUUAGGAGCAAAGCUUUAUCACUGUGGCCCAAUGUCUGCCAUGCUAGACUAGUUCUUAUCCCUCAAGCUGUUCACACAAGCAUGUCCAGCUUUAACCUGAUCACGUACCUCAGCAGUCGUCCUGAGGUGGGUUGUCUACAGAGCUCAUCACAACAGAAGCCAGUUAUAUUUGUUUUCAUUGGUGGGAUUAGGCCUGUCAAGAACCCUAUAUAUUUAGUCUCCACAUUUCAAGAAUGGCAUGCCAGGGAUAAAAGAAUCAUUCUGUUGAUAGUUGGACCAAAGUUAGACGAACAAUAUUGUACAAAAGUGUUUGAACCUGCGAUAAGCAAGCAUCCAGGUAUUGUGUACAUUCCAGGUCUUCCAAUGGAAGACACGCAUGCAGUCAUGUCGCAGUCGUUUGCCCUUGUCAACUCUUCAGACAGUGAGGGAAUGUGUCUGGCCAUCCUGGAGGCUAUGCAGAUUGGGAUUCCUGUGUUUGCUAGGAACAUUCCUGGAAACAGGGCUAUUAUAGAGGACAAUGUGACAGGAUUUCUGUUUGAUUCACCCCAGACCUUCCUUCAAAAAGCUGAGAGCAUUGUCGAAAAUGUGGACCGGAGUUUGAAUGUAACGAAACAAGCCAAAGAGUACAUCCUGCAGCAUCACAACCUGGAGUCUGAGAGGAAAGCCUACACUGACCUUUUGGAACAGUGCAUCACAGAGAUUGAAGCUGACAACACGGAAAUCCCCAAACUAGCCAUGUCCGUGACUAUCAAUGAAGAAUACCUAGCCACACAUACGAUAACCCAAGAUUCCUAACAUUUUUUGUAAGUUCACAUGUUUGUACAUUUUUUGUUGUUGAUAGUAUGUCUGAUCAAAACCAAAAUGCUAAUCUCAUAUUUUCGACUGCUACCGUGAAGCUCAAAAGUAUUGUAAUAAAUAUUCUAUUAUAAUUAUAUAUCUGUAUCAAAACUGUCUCUAUUAUUUUCAUAAUAAUUAAAAUCUCUAUUAUUAUAAAUUAUUCAUAAUAAUUAAUUAAGAUUUUUCUAGCAAGUCAUAAGAAUAGUUUACAUUUUAAAAGAGAUUUUUUUUUGAAGAACAUAAACAUUCAAAGUUAUAGUUUUUUGAGAUAAUCCCAGUUAUAUCCAGAGGAAAGCUUUUGGUUACUUCUAAUUAUUUAUUCAGUUAUCACAGAUUAGAUUAUUCAAUCUAAAGCCUAAAAAAAUUUCUUCCCCAAAUUGUUAAAAAAAAAAACAAUUAUUUUUAAAAAAAAUCACACUUUUCUUGCAAUCGUAUUUAAAAGUUAUUCUACACUAAACCUGUGACUGUAAGUUCAUCUCUUUAAUUGUUUUUACUAUUGAAAUUAUCAUUGAUAAUGAAGACUUAACUAUUGAAUGAUACGAGAUCGAAAUGUUGUGGAGAAUCACAUAAAAUUAACCUUUAUUGCUUAUCAAAACAAAAUGCUAAUUCAAAAUUUUUACUUCAGUGAUACAGUCUGUGUUCUUAUGUUGAUCUAUAAUUUAUAAAUUUUUAAAAUCAAAACUGUCUCUAUGCUAGCUUACCCUCUUUCUGAUGCUUGCUGUGAUAAUGUUUUUAAAAGUAAAUUUUUUUUAACUCGAUCUGAAGUUUACAUGUACUACAUAAAUUCAAUAAUGUAUUUUUGCCAUGCUUUCUUAGAUUUUCUUAUAACAAAUUAUUUUUGGAUUGCAAUAGUGUAAUUUUUUUUCUCUAAAGUAAAGGAGGAGUAAGAAACUUGCUAAUACUUUCUUCUAGAUCAAUGGUUCUUAACCUGUAUUUGAUCGAACCCCAGGGGUUUAGUGAGUCAGUCUCAGGGGUUCGUUGACGGUCAAGACUCUCACCCAACUAAUAUGAUUCAUGUUCAGAUUUUGUUUAUUAUUAAUAUUGAGAACAAGGGGUUUUGUGAAUGCGCAAAUAAAAAUGGUGGGGUUUGGUACCUCCAAAAAGGUUAAGAACCACUGUAAAUUAAACUUGUAUCCAUUACUGUCAAGGACUUUUGUUAUGCCAUAAUUCUAAAAAAAUUUCCUGACUGGCAUUUUUUAAAAUGUAAAACUUAUUUAGCUUGAAAUUUGAUACAUGGGGAGAGAUAAAUCUGUGGUGAAGUGCAAGUAAGUUGGUGUAUAAUUAAAUUUGUUCUGUUCAUCAAAACAUGUAAGGCAGGUAAAUUAAUUAGGAUUUUGAUUUUGUUUUAAGAAUACAUCAAAUCAAAUACAUGUUUUACUUCAAUCAAAGUGUAAUUGUUUUUGAUAUAACUAAUUAUCUCUAUAAAAAAGCACCUUUGAGAGAUUAAAAUUCAGUUUUACAAAUGAAUAUAGUAUGUAGAAAAUGAUUGAAAGUAUUUAAGUUAGCUUAGCUGUUUUGGCUUCAUAUGUAAAUAAGUCUAUCAUUAAAACUUUAAAAAAAUACUAUGUGUAUUAAAAAGUCAAAAUUAUUAUUUUGAAAAAUCUAUUUUAAUUAAUUAAUUUUUUUUUUGGUUUUAGUGUAACCUCAAUGAAGAUGUACAAUUCUAUUCUUGUUAUACAUAAUAUUUUUGGUUUGUAUACACUAUAUUUUCACAAACAUUAGUAUCAAGGAACUUCAGAGUACCAAUAUUAUAGAAAAAAAUGUGAUAGAAUCAAAUCUUCCAUUCAUUUUAAUUUUCACAUGCUACUGUGGAUAUUCUUUCAGCUGCUGCAUUCAUUAAAUAUUUUUCCAAAUGGGCCUUAAUUAUUAAAAGACGCCAUGCACUUUUUGACAAUUUUUACCUCCAUCCUCUGUUCUUACAUGGCAACACAAACAGCAAAACACCACUCCUGACCCCUAUGACAUCAGAUAAUAACAUAAAUGAUCAGAAUAUGUUUACCUUUUCACCGAAAUUUAAGAAUAUGGUUGUUUCUCAAUAGCACAUAAGUCUGUUACACUAAAUCUGUAAGGUCACAUUUUCAAAUUGAUCAUACUUGGCCAAAAAAAUAUACACACUAAUCAGCUAUACAUUAAUUCAACUAAUUUUUAAAAACUACCAGUUAGAGUAGCACGUUAAAGUUCUUUCUACAUUUUUGGACUGAAUGUAGGAUUUAGCUUGUUACACAAAUGCUACUAUAUAUAAUAAAUGAUGUCAUUGUUGAGCCAAUGUAGAUCCACAGCAUUAUACUUUAACUGGGUUAUUUUUUGUGUUUUUACAGAAUCAACAUAUCUUAAUUACAGCUAAAUAACUUUUGCAGUCAGUUAUAUUGACAAGAUGAUAAUGGACAGUUAUUAGCUAGUAAUAUUUUGAGAGUUGUAAAAUUAUUUUAAAAUCAAACUUCAUAUUUAAAAUCAGUCACUUUACCCUGGUUUUCUGCAGUAUGAUUAUAAUGUCUCUGUUGAUCACUGACUGUUGUAAUGGAUGUUUUUGUUGAAAUUCUAAACAUGACACAAGAUGAUGAUGGGCAGUUAUUGGCUAGUGAUAAACAGUGGCCAUUUAGACCAGGGGUCUCCAAACUUUUAUCCCGAGGGCCGCAUUAACUAUCAAAUUGCAGUUCAGGGGCAGAUAACACACUCUAGGUCCAAAUAAAAAAGAAUCAAACAUGGAUGUUGUUUUUAAUUAUUUUUUAAAUAUUAUUUCAUUCAUGUGUUAUUUAAUUAAAUAACACAUUGAUAUUAGUAAAAACAUAACGUCCAAGUAAGCGACAGCUGAUUUUGGCAGGAUACACUUUUUUUUUUAUAUAAUGUUAUAAGAGUGGUGACCGAAAAAUAGAGAAACACCUUAUGUUUAAAAUCAGACCCCUGAUUUAGACCAUUGCAAAUUUGGAAAUUUUUUUGUCAUAUAAUGUUAUUAGAGUGAUGACUAAUAAAUAGAGAAACGGCGUAUAUUUAAAAUCAGUCGCUUCAUUUUGUUUAUCUAGAGUAUGGUCAUAAAGCCUCUGAUGAUGCUUAUAUUUAUUGUAAUAGAUGUAUGUUUAUAUUUAAAUUCUUAACAUGACAUAUGACAUGAAAUGCUAACCAUAACCAUUCCAUGGUUAUUUACAAGUUAAGCUUAUGACAAAAAUAUGAAAUGAUCUUAUAUUUAUUGUUUUCUAACGAUACCACCUUGAGCAAAAAAAUCUCAUUUUUUUUAAAGCACUAGAUAUAGAUAAGAUCUCAGUGAAUAAGUGGUUAAAAAUAUUUUUAAUGGAUGCAUGUUUAUUUUUUUGUGCAUCUUUGUGUAUUAAAAAUAUUUUCCUUAUUGUAAAUAUGAAUUAAUUUUAGAAUGUUCAAUAUUGCUUAGAUUUUUAUUAACAAAAAAGUGUAUUAUAUUUAUAUGUAAUUUAUUUAUAGAAACCAUUGUUUUCAUUUUAGUAGGUGCCAUUAUGAGAUCAUGAAUUGUCUCCCUGUAUCUUACAAUCUAUACUUUAAAUGUACUUAUAAAUGUUAUUAUCUUGCUUGGUGGAAGUUGUUGGUUUCUCAUGGGAUGGGAACACAAACAUGACUGUCUAUACUCAUUUCAACUCUAUUGAGAUGUGAGAGUAAAAGAA